AUGGCCGUCCGAUGGACGAGAAUCAUUCUGAAACCUGUUUUGCAAACUUUGACGAAGCUCGUUACGAAAUACAAGGUCGUGGUCUACAACAUGAGUGAAAGACAAUACCAUUGUUUCGGGGACGGGAAACUCACCACUUCCAGUGACAAAAAUAUCAAUGACCCACCAUGGCUCAGGGACUCCAAGCCUAUCAAAAUUUUUCCUAGCUGCAGCGAUAAGACUGCGAUGAUCAAUGGCCGCAAACAAAUAGCCGUUGCUCGUUGCUACUUGCGGAAGAUGUAA